GAGUCUCUCGCAGUCCCGCCGGUCGCUAGUGGACUCUGCCCGGCUGGCCGAACAUGGCGGCGGCCCCGGAGGAGGAGGUAGACCGUAGACCGAUCCGGAGGGUCCGGUCCAAGAGUGACACGCCUUACAUCAACGAAGCGAGGAUCUCUCUGCACCUGGAGACAGCUGAGGAGGUGGAGAGGUUGGCAGCGAUGCGCUCUGAUUCGCUGGUCCCCGGCACACACACGCCUCCUAUCCGCCGCCGCAGCAAAUUCGCCACCUUGGGACGUCUGUUCAAACCCUGGAAGUGGAGGAAGAAGAAGAGUGAGAAGUUCAAGCAGACGUCUGCAGUGCUGGAGAGGAAGAUGUCCACGCGUCAGAGCCGAGAGGAGCUCAUCAAGAAAGGAGUGCUGAAGGAGGUGUAUGAGAAAGACGGAUCGUCUCCAUCUCUACGGGAGGAGGUGAAGAUGGAGAACGGACGCUCCCCAGUGCUCGGCUCCGGCCUGUCAGAGUCUGAUGGUGCUGAAAUGAUGGAGGGAGCAGCUGCAGGUGUAGGUUCCCUGGAGUUUCAGAUGGCCAGUGAUGGUGCAUGCCAACAGGACCACGCCCAGAAAUCCAGCCAGGCUCCGCCCACGAAGAAGUCCACUGUGUAUCUGGCUGACGGCGCUGAAUCAACACUGUCCAGACCUCCAACGCUACACAAACAACCUCCUGCGCUGCCGCCCAAACCCUUCACCAGGCUACCCAACCACAUUACAGACGGAGCCCCGGUGAAGCUGCCGUGCAUGUCGGUGAAGUUAUCUCCUCCUCUACCUCCAAAGAAGCUCAUGAUCUCCGUGCCUGCAGGGAGCAUGGAGCCCUCUCCGCUCGCCUUCCAGAAGUGCCCCGCCCCUCCCGGCCAUGCUCCAAUGGGCGGGCACUCGUUGCAGUACGGGACGAUGCCCCUCCACCCGCCCAGCAGGAUCAUCGAGGAGCUCAACAAGACCCUGGCCCUCACCAUGCAGAGGUUUGAGAGCUCCAUGAUGCACGGCGUUCCCACGGUGAUGAUCGAGUGCGACGAUGACAAAGAGAACCUCCCCAGCGAGGCGGACUACGAGGACCUGCCGGGGAUGUACAAGGACGAGGAGGAAGAGGAGGAGGAGGACGACGAGGAUGAGGAAGAAGACGACGAGGAGGAGGAAGAUGAAGACGAGGAGGAAGAUGAAGAUGACACACUGUUUACAAGCACACUGGCCAUGAAGGUCUUACGGAAGGACUCUCUGGCCAUCAAGCUGAGUAACCGUCCAUCGAAGAGGGAGCUGGAGGAGAAGAACAUCCUGCCGCUGCAGUCGGACCAGGAGAGACUCGAGUCCCGGCAACAGACGGCCACCAAACUGACCAGGCGGUUGAGUCAAAGGCCGACAGCAGAGGAGCUGGAGCAGAGGAACAUUCUCAAACCUCGAAAUGAUCUGGAGGAGCAGGAGGAAAAAAGGGAGAUCAAGAGACAUUUGUCCAGAAAGCUCAGCCAGAGGCCGACAGUGGAGGAGCUAAGGGAAGCGAAGAUCCUGAUCCGCUUCAGCGACUACGUGGAGGUGGCCGAGGCUCAGGACUACGACAGGAGAGCGGACAAGCCGUGGACUCGGCUAACAGCUGCUGAUAAGGCCGCCAUAAGAAAGGAGUUAAACGAGUUCAAAAGCACAGAGAUGGAAGUGCAUGAGUCGAGUCGCCAUCUGACCAGGUUCCAUCGGCCAUAAAGUGGCUCAGUCAGACCUCAGCCAUGGUUUUGUACUCCUCCCACUGAAGCCUCAAGCGUUCAGACUGCUACUAGCCCCCCCCACCCCCAAGCGUCGACUUCAGUCUGACAGACCGGACUCGACACAACGAGAGUUUGAACCAUUACAGGAACUUUCGGGUGGAUUGAACCCUCUCGGCUGGCGUCUCCGCUCAGUGGAGAUUUUAGAGGCUUCUUGAUAUUCAAAAGCUUUUAAUUGUCGUUUUUUUUAUGAUGAGGAGGCGGCGACACGUUUCCUUUGCAGCACUUUUGUUUUUGAAUAAAGAUUCUGGACGUCAAACACAGAAUCUGCCAAUUACAAGGACAGGAACGGUAGAAGGUGAAGAUGGGACUUUUCUUUUUCUUACACAGGGAUUGUUUUCUUGCCUUUCACCAUGUUCUCACUCUCCUCUCUCAACCGGACUCUAUCUUUCCUUGGGGGCGUGCUUGUAUUGGCACAGUUUUAUUCUACAGAUGACAUCUCAAUGACCGUUUAUCUCAUUUAGCCACAGGAAUGAAAAUAUUUACCACAGCUUAUGCUGUUGUAGGCAGCUGAACCUGAAGCCAAAAUCUCCUAAAAUCCUAAUCAACAUCCCAUAAUGCUUCUUAAAAGCCAGUAACAAUAAAGAAAAUGAUGAGCUCCUAAUGCAUUCACAUCAGUCAACUGAGCAAUAAUUUCAGAUUUUCUCCUUAUUUGUGCAUCUGUUGAUGGGCUGCAUUCAAGAGUUCCUGGAUUCAGACUUCAAAUCCCUGGUUUAAACCAAAGCAACUUGACUUGCUGUAGAAGUCAUGACCUUGAAUGCAUCCCAGAGCGACUGCUGUUGAGAGUUCAGUAAUCCACCGUCUCGCUGUGCCUACAGUU